GCAGGUGGAUCUCGCACUGCUACCCUUGUUGUCUCUUUUCUUCUGCCUUCCCCGCAUGGAUCCCUGUGUGCGUCAUUCCUGAUCGCAUGGAUUAGGGUUAUUUCUCCACGUUGCAGGCAUCAUCAUCCUAGCGCAGUCCACCUUCACAUUCACAUUUGUUUCGUCCAUCUGGCUCUUUUCACUUUUUUGAUUGUUUUGCCUCUUUUGACUCCUCAUGCCAACGCUUCACGGUUCCUUUCCAGAAUCGCACUCCUUUCCCCAUCCGACGGUAUCCAGACGUAGAUCCACUGUGGAUCCCACCCGUCCUUGUCGCCGCGACGGAUCAGACAAUCGAUAUUACAUGAAUUAAGAAUUGUGGUAUUAAUUCCCCAGGUCCCCCACAAUUCUAUCGGUCGGGUCAGGAGUCCCCCUAUUCGUGGCGUUGUCUAGAUUUACCAGUUCGAUUGAUCGACCAUGGAUCCCCGUCUCUCCUUCAUCCUCGCCUCUCUUGUCGAGGCGUUUGCCUUGCAUCGCGUCGUCUUUGUCGAUGCAACUCUGCGCACCGUCGCUUUGGCCGUGUUUGGCGUCAACUUGGGUCUGUUGGCUGUGUGGAAUGUCGCUAUAUACCCGUUCUUCGUGACACCGUUGCGCCACCUACCCACUGCUCCGGGCUAUCUCAAUAAUCUCAAAGUCAUCUUUGAUGAACCCCGUGGGAAAAUCCCGCUAGAAUGGAUGCGCACCAUUCCCAACGAGGGCCUCAUCCACUACCGCGAUGUGCUCCAACGCAGUCACCUGCUGGCUACCAACCACCAGGCCCUGCUGGAUAUCAUGAGCACUAACACUUAUGAUUUUGAGAAGCCCUUCCGUGCCCGCGACUUUUUGGCUCGUAUCAUUGGUUGGGGGUUGAUUCUGUCCGAGGGACCUGCCCACAGGACGCAGCGCAAGGCCCUUACCCCGUCUUUCAACAUCAAGAACAUCCGCGCCCUGUAUUCUCUCAUGUGGGAGAAGACCGGGUUGCUGAUGAACGAGCUGGAGCGCGAGAUGGGCGAACAUGAUGGCAAGGUUGAGAUGAGCGAGUGGGCUAGCCGCCUCACCCUCGACAUCAUCGGCCCCACAGCCAUGGGUCGCGAUUUCCGCUCCCUCCAAAACCUCGACAACAGAGUCGCCGACAGCUUCCUCGCCAUCCUGGAACCCUCCAAGGAGAAGAUGGCCUUCCUAGCAAUCAACUUCUUGGUCCCGCAGUGGCUCAUCCAGCGCAUGCCCUUCCGCCUCAACGCUGUCAUCAACGAGGAGACAGGUUUCCUGCGCGGUCUCUGCAAGGACAUCGUGCGCGAGAAGCGCAUCAUGAUCACCGAGACAAAAGCUACCUCCCAGUCCCUUGAGGCCGACAUUCUCGGCACCAUGCUACUAGGCGGUGACUUCACCGACGACGAGCUCGUCGACCAGAUGAUGACCUUCCUCGCUGCCGGCCACGAAACCACCGCCAGCGCAUUCACCUGGGCUUGCUACCUCCUGACCCUCCACCCGGAGGUCCAGGAGCGUCUUCGCGCUGAGAUCCGCGAGCGUAUCCCCUCCGGCGACCACCCCAUCACUUCCGCUGACCUGGAAACCCUCCCCCUCCUCAACGGCGUCUGCCAGGAAGUCCUCCGUCUGUAUCCCACGGUCCCCAUCACCAUCCGCGAGUCCGUCCGCAACACCGUCGUGGCCGGCAAACAUGUCCCCAAAGGCACGCGCAUCAUCCUCUGUCCCUACGCCAUCAACCGCAGCCCCGAGUUCUGGGGUGCCGACGGCGACCGUUUCCUCCCUGAGCGGUGGAUCAACGCCGACGGCACGGCCAACAACACGGGCGGCGCGUCGACCAACUUCGCGCAGAUUACCUUCCUGCAUGGCCAGCGUGCCUGUAUUGGGAAGGACUUUGCCCGUGCCGAGCUGCGCUGUGCGGUGGCCGGUGUUGUGGGCAGGUUUCGCUUUGAGAUGCAGGAUCCGAAGCAGGUUAUCCAUAUUCGCGGGGCUGUGACUACCAAGCCGGUUGAGGGGAUGCAUUUGCGGAUGCAGCGAGUUGAUGCGUGGUAGUUUGUCUUUAUAAUGAUUGACGAUUGAUAUUGGUAAGAUUGAGAUAUAGGAUAUUAGCGUUGUGAUUAUCUGUUCUGUAUGUAGUUAUGUCAACUAUUCGACUCUUGCUUAAACUUUGGAUAAAAUUAGGAUAUGGAUAUGUAUUUUGAGCUAACAGUUGCA